AUGGAUUUCGAAGGUAUUACAAACGUUACAAACGUGUGGGUACCAGAUGAUUCAAAUGGAUUCACUUUAUGCCAAAUUGUUGAUAUCAACUGUGAAUGUCUUAUACUAAGACGAUUACAUGAAUCAAAAACAUUUCGAGCAUAUUACGAUACAAUUUUUCCAGCUGAAGAGGAUGUCACUCGUGACGUAGACGAUAACUGUUCUCUGACAUAUCUAAAUGAUGCUUCUGUUUUGCACAAUUGCCGUCUGCGAUAUAAUCGAGAACAGUUUUACACUUACGUUGCAAAUAUUCUCAUUGUAAUUAAUCCAUAUAAACAAAUCCCUGGAUUAUAUAAUGCUAGUAUGAUUAUGAGAUACAAAAAACAAUCCUUGGGAACCUUACCUCCACAUAUUUUUGCAAUUGCGGAUAAAGCUUAUCGUGAUAUGAGACGCCAUCACGAAUCCCAAUCAAUUAUAAUAUCUGGAGAAUCGGGAGCUGGCAAAACUGAAUCUCAGAAGCAUAUAAUUCGAUUUUUAUGCGAAUCAUGGGGUUAUUUAGUAGGAAAAAUUGAGCAUCGCAUUUUACAAAUUAGCACGAUUUUGGAAUCAUUCGGAAAUGCAAAAACGACCCGCAACAACAAUAGCAGUCGAUUUGGCAAAUUUGUGGAAAUACAUUUUAAUAAAGAGGGAUCCAUUGUUGGCGGAUUUGUUACACAUUACUUAUUAGAACGUUCAAGGCUUUGCGUACAAAAUUUGUACGAAAGAAAUUUUCACAUAUUUUAUCAAUUACUUGCUGGUAUUGACGAUAAUUCUGCCCGCAAAUUAAAACUUGAUAGACCGCAAAGUUUUAAUUAUCUCAAAAAAGGUUGCACGCAGUUUUUUCUGAGUGAAAAAAGUUGCAAACAAAUGUCAUCUAAGAAACGAAAAUGGCUCAUGGAUAAUUUACAAGACGAAUUAAUUGAUGAUUAUACGGAUUUUCAAAACCUACUGAAGGCAUUUAAAAGCAUUAAUGUUUCCAUAGAUGAUCAAAAUGGUAUAUUUGAACUAAUAGCUGCAAUUUUACACCUUGGAAAUAUCUGUUUCAUUGACGAAUCAUGCGACUAUAGAGGAGGUUGCACCGUAGCAUCGCAAAGCAAUGUGCAUUUGCAUAAUGCAGCAGAAUUACUCGGUAUAGAAGUAAAUGAUUUGAGGAAACAUUUGAUUACUCGACUUAUGCAGCCUACUAGAAGUGGAAUUAAAGGAACUGUCUAUGCUGUACCACUACGCUUGAAUGAAGCACGUUUAGCUCGUGAUGCUCUCGCCAAAGUUUUAUACGCUUAUCUAUUUGAUGCAAUUGUUGAUAUAAUCACAAAAUGUAUGCCAUUUAGCAAUAGUGCAUGCUCGAUUGGAGUAUUAGAUACAGCUGGUUUUGAAGCAAUCGAAUUGAAUUCUUAUGAACAGUUAUGCAUAAAUUAUUGCAAUGAAAAAUUGCAAAACUUUUUCAAUGAACGAAUUUUCAUGGAUGAACAAGAUUUGUAUUGCAAAGAAGGACUUCACUAUGAAAGAAUUGAAUUUUUUGAUAAUAAAGCUUGCAUAGACUUAUUUGAAGAAAAACAUCGUGGCAUCUUUGAUUUACUUGAUAAUGAAGCACGUUUACCAAUAAGUUCUGCUGCUCAUUUCACACUAACAGUACAUAAAGCUCAUGGGUCUCAUCCAUGUUUAAUGUCACCGCAUUCGACACGGCAUUUUCGUAAAAUGAAUGAUAAUGAAGGUUUUAUUAUUUGUCAUUAUGCAGCAGAUGUUUGUUACAAUACAACACAAUUUAUCGAAAAAAAUAAUGAUAGUCUGCAUUCAUCCUUAUAUUAUUUGAUGCAACAAAGCAGGAAAAGUAUAAUUUGUAAACUAUUUGAUGGAAAAGUUUCAAACGUUGCUAACCAAGACGUGCCACGUAGAAAAUUAGUGAAUGCAUCAGUUGCGAGCAAAUUUCGCUCACAACUCAGUGCUUUACUUGAAAAAUUACGUCAAACGAGAACUCAUUUUGUGCGAUGCAUUAAACCAAAUGACGAGAUGAAAUCGGGCAAGUUUGAUGGGGGCAGGGUUUUAGUGCAACUGAAAUGUGCUGGAAUGUCAAGUGCUCUGAAAGUAAUGCAGAACGGUUUUCCAUCAAGAAUAAGUUGUAAGUCGAUACAUCAGCUAUAUCAAUAUCAUUUACCACGAAGAUUAGCAAAUCUCGAUGCCCAACUACUUUGCAAGUGCUUAUUUCAAAUGGUCGGUUUGAGUAACAAAGAUUAUAGAUUUGGUUUGACAAUGAUAUUUUUUAGAAAUGGAAAAUUUGCUGAGUUAGACAAGAUUUUACAGAAAGAUAGAGUAAUAACAGAAAAGUUAGUUAUGUCUAUAUCUUCUUGGUUAUCUCGAUAUAGAUUCAAGAAAGCACAGUUUGCAGUUGUAACAUUAGUGAAAAUUCUAAGGCUACUAGCAUACAGGGCCAAAUGUCGAAUCAAAGUUCAAAAUGCUGUCCGCAGUUAUUUAACACGCAAAUUAUAUCAACCAAAGGAAGAUGCAAGAUUUGCUGAUUUGGCAAAGUGGCAAUAUGAGAGCAUUACGGCUGGCAUCAAUUCUGCUGAUUCAAAGUUGUCAAUAGCGUGCAAAGCCGAGUAUUAUCGCCGCAUGAGAGCUUAUACUGAAUGGAAAGAACGAAAUAUGGCUUCGAAAGUAUCAGAAUGUGCAAUGAAAAAACGUGAGGACGAAGGACAAACCUCGGUGCAAAAACUUUCAUCACAAUUCAGUAUUUACGGGGAUAUAUAUUUGUCAUGGGAAGAUGAGCGUUUAAAAUGGGAUGAAAUAGAGUGGAAAGUUGAUGAAUACACAUUGCAUGAUGAUCAUCAUAUUUGGAAACCGAUCAUUAGUGAGGAGUAUUUUUCAAGGUUGGUAUGAUU